AUGUAUGCAGUUUUUGCGAGCGGUGGGAAACAGCAUCGUGUAGAGGUGGGAAACUUGAUUGAUAUGGAAAAACUCGACGUGGAUGUUGGGGAAAGCGUUACGUUCCCAUCCGUCUUGACUGUCGUUGACGAUGACGGUCAGUUGCAAGCCGGCUCGCCCUAUCUUGAAAACACCUCCGUUACAGGCGAGGUAGUUCAACAGGCACGCACGAAAAAGACGAUUGUGUUCAAAUCGAAACGACGUAAGGGUUACAAACGCAAGUUAGGGCACCGUCAAUCGUUUACACGCGUGAAAAUUACCGCAAUCGGCGCGGUGGAGGAAGAAUCUGAUGGCUCAUAA